AUGGACGAUGAGGAAGAGUUAAUGGAUAUUGUGGCUGCCAGAAGCCGGGGGGAGAAUAGAGAGGUGGAGCUCAGAAAGCUGGAAAAGUUAAAGAAGGCACAACAGAGAGAAGGCGAGCAAUCAAAGAGAGAGGAAAUGGGGUUCCAGUCAUCGCAGCUUCAUCCCAGCACAACAGGAGACAUCUCCACGGGAGAGGAAAUCAAAGAAGAAGAAAAGCAAGACAAUACCUCUAUUUCGAAGGCAGUACAAGAUCAAAUAAAGAAUCAUCCUCAAGAUACCAACGAAACUCCUUCAGCAGAAGCUGGUCCAGAGGACGAGCUUGCUUUUCCACAUCCAAAGGUGACUUGUGGGCAAAAUCAGUCAGAUGAAGCUACCAUGCCUCCAGGAGCAUAUGCAGUGGCCCCCGGGACUGAUCUCCAGAGAACCACAACACUCGGAGCUACUCCUUCUUCGAGUGUUGAGCUGUCUGUUCGUGAUGAUAGUUCGGAUGAAGAGCUCAGACUGACAAGCGCAAACACAAGGAAUCUAAGUAUAGCAGAUAAUCAAGCCCCGACUCCCACACACAAUAUUAAUGGAUUGGUGGUGGCAAAUCAGGUUGAAGAAAAUGAAGAACCUACACAGAUCGCUAGACCAGACAAUUUGCACGGAGAAAACAAAUCAACCUACAUGACACGCAUGAUCCUUGUUCUCAUUGGCAGCCUUCUCAUCGUUGGAGUGCUUGUUGGUUCCAUCUGCGGGGCUGGUCUCUGCAGCAACAAAAAAGAAGGUGAUGUGAAGACUCAGGCUCCCACUUCCGUUCGAGAUUUUGUUUUGGAGGACAUUCAAAACAGAAUUGAAGAUGCUCUCGGACCUGACUAUUUCCCCAAAAAUAAUGAAGCAGAACCCACCCAGCCAAAGUUCAAGGCUCUUGAUUGGAUUGUAUUUGAGGAUCCUCUGCAGCUCAAUCUAGAAGCCAACAAUCUUCUACAGAGGUUCAUUGUGAUAUUAACUUACUUUCAAACAUCCCGGGAGAGUGAAUGGCUUUAUUGUGGGCCAUCCACAACUGCAAAUGAAGAAACAUGUUGGAUUCCAGAUUUAUAUGGUUCGGAAUCAUUGACAAUUCGGUGGCUCACAGGUGUUCACGAAUGUCAAUGGGCGGGAAUUUAUUGUGACACCGAGAAGAACAUUACAGGGUUGUGGCUUUGGGACAACGGAUUGAAUGGCCCUCUGCCCACAGAACUUGCAAAUAUUCCAGCACUGGAAUCAAUUAACUUCGAGGGGAACCAACUGACAGGAAGUAUUCCUGUGGAAUUGUUUGGAAACAAGCUCUCCUCAUUACAAUUUGCAAACAAUUCACUAACAGGGACAGUGCCCACAGAAGUUGGACUCUUUGAUGGAACCUGGCUUGGAUUUGGUUCAAACAGCUUGUCUGGUUCCAUUCCCACCGAGGUCUUUCAGGUUGGGAAAGGAUACCAGCUCGAUAUUCUUCUUGAUGACAAUAUGGUAAGACAACCUUUCCACGGGAACGGAACCUCGGUGAUCUUCAACUUUUGGUCAAGACCCUAA